AGCAUUGAGGUAUUGACGAAGAACGUUCUCAAUUUGGUGUUUUAUUAAGUUCAUCAAUUAAAACUCUUACAGGUUUUUAGACCGUUAUCAAAUACGUGAUAAUGUGGCAAGAUAAAGAGAUAAGAUUCGAUGUAUUUUACACUCAGAUGCAAUUACGAGUUGGUGAAAUUAUGGUAGACAAACUCGAUAUGAUAGAAGACACGAAGGGAAACUCUGGUGACAAUGGAAGAUUAAUUGUAACGAAUUUGCGAAUUUUAUGGCAUUCCUUGUCUCUACCAAGAAUUAAUUUAACUGUUGGUUUCAAUACUUUCGUUACAAUAAAUUCGAAAACUGUAAGCACAGUUAAAGGUGGACACACACAAGCUUUACACAUUUUAACAUCUUUCCGAAAUAGUCAAUACGAAUUUAUAUUCACAAAUUUAAACUCGAUAAGUACUAGACAUUAUACCUCGGUUAUUGGUGUAUAUAGAGCUUACACGUCGUCUAAAAUUUAUCGAGAAAUCAAAUUAAGAAGUGGUAUUGUCAAUGAAAAUAGAUUGACCUUGUUACCACACGAAAAAGUUCAUUCAAGUAUACCAGAUGUUUGGAAUUUAUCUGUGGAACAGGGAAAUGUCGGAACUUUCAUAGUUACGAAUAUUCGACUUGUAUGGUAUGCAGAUAUGAAUAAUCAAUUUAAUGUAUCGAUGCCAUAUCUAUCGAUUGCUAGUGUUACGAUUAGAAACUCGAAAUUUGGAGCGACUUUAGUAGUAUUAAGCGACGAAACUAAUAAUGGAUAUAUUUUAGGAUUUCGUAUAAAUCCAAUAGAAAAACUUAAUACUCUUCAUAAAGAAAUUAAUAUAUUAAUAGCAGCGUAUAAGAAGUCACCGAUCUUCGGCGUAGAUUAUACUCUUGAAUAUCAGGGACCGAUGGAAGAAGAAAUUCAUCCAGAACGUUUCAACGAAAUACAAGAUAAUCAGGGUGAUAUUUCUGAUGUUAUAGGUUAUUAUUUUUUUGAAGGAGGUUCGACACAGAGGAAACCUAAUUUUUCGAAUCAAUUGGGAUUGGCCAUAGAAGAUCCUAGAGAAGGAAGUACUUUACAAAAUUUAUGGGAACUCGUUCCUUCAACUUAAUCGAUUACUCUACGUGCUUGCGAUAGGAGAAUAUUUUCUUGUAUAAAUUAUACAUCUGUGUAUCCUGGUAUAUAUAUAUAUAUAUAUAA